CUCGAAAUUGUCAAAACUUCAAAAGUAAGGUUAUAAAACCUUCUGCUUAUAAAAGUAUUAUUUACUUCUAAAGUAUUUAAAAAAAAAACUAAAUUUACCAUAAAUAACAUGGCUAAUUCAGGAAAAGGCACUUUUCAACCGGACUCCGAUGUUCAUAUUUCCUAUGAGGAUCAGCAAAAGAUAAAUAAAUUUGCCCGUCUUAAUGCGAAAGUAGACGAUAUAAAAGAUGAGCUAAAAGUUAAACAGAAUGACAUGAAAAAUCUAGAGGAAGCUGUAGAAGAAUUAAGCCUUGCUGAUGAAUCUGAUAAAAUUCCUUACCUUGUUGGAGAAGUAUUUAUUUGUCAAAGCUUAGAAAAUACUUUGAAAUCUUUAGAUGAAAAUAAAAGAAGGAAGCAAAAUGAAAUCAGUGAGUUGGAAGCUAAAUGUGAAGAAUUAAAAUCACUGAUGGGAGAACUCAAAGCCCAUUUGUAUGGCAAGUUUGGAAGUCACAUUAAUUUGGAAAAUGAAGAGGACUAGAAUUGGCUUUUUUAAUUUAAAACAUAAAUUUAACAUUAUUUAAUAAAGAUUAAUGCAAAUUUUCUGGACAUUUAAUUCAUAACCUUAGAAUAUAUCAAUGAUGUUAUGAAAUAAAUGUCUGUACUGUUUUAUUCAAAAUGUAUUUGCUUU